AUGUUUCUCUGGGUGACUCACCUGGUCUGUCUGCAGCUGACCCUGACCAGCUGCUGGGCUCUCAGCUGCCACGAAACAGCCUCGUCUCCCGACUUCAGCCUUCCGGGUGAUUACCUCCUCGCAGGCCUGUUCCCCCUCCACAGUGACUGCGUGCAUGUGAGACGCAGCCCCCACGUGACCCUCUGCGACAGGCCUGUCAGUGCCUCCUGGGACUGUGCAGCUUCAGGAUCCGUGCUGAGGGUGUGCUUGCUGAGCCCUGGAAAGAUGAGCCCAAAGGCCCCUUUCCAGCCUCAGCCUCCGGGGUGCUGGGGUGCUGGCGACCAGGGACGCCUGGGCCCCUCACUCUUGCCAGGGUCUCCCCACAGGCCUGACAGCUUCAGCGGCCACGGCUACCACCUCUUCCAGGCCAUGAGGCUCAGUGUGGAGCAGAUAAACAACUCCACGGCCCUGCUACCCAAUGUCACCCUGGGGUACGAGCUCUACGAUGUGUGCUCUGAGUCAGCCACCAUCUACGCAGUGUUGCGUGUGCUGUCCCGGCAAGGGACACCCCAAGUGGAGAUCCAAGAGAACCUCUACCGCUAUACUCCCAGGGCCAUGGCGGUCAUCGGGCCUGACAGCACUGACGAUGCGGCUACUGCUGCGGCUCUACUGAGUCCCUUCCUGGUGCCCCUGAUCAGCUACGAGGCCAGCAGCACGGCACUCAAUGCAAAGCGGCUGUACCCCUCUUUCCUGCGGACCAUCCCCAGCGACAGGUACCAGGUGGAGACCCUCGUGCUGCUGCUGCAGAGCUUUGGGUGGGUCUGGGUCUCCCUGGUUGGCAGCUCUGGGGACUAUGGGGAGCGCGGGGCACGGGCACUGGAGGACCUGGCCACGGAGCGGGGCAUCUGCAUCGCUUUCAAGGGCAUCGUGUCUUUCUCUGCCCGCGUGGGGGAUGAGGAGAUGCAGGACAUGAUGAGCAAGCUGGCCCGGGCCAGGACCACCGUGGUGGUGGUCUUUGCCAGCCGCCAGGUGGCCAGGGUGUUCUUCGGCUCCGUGAUCCUGGCCAAGCUGACUGGCAAGGUGUGGAUUGCCUCAGAAGACUGGGCCAUCUCCACACACAUCACCAGCAUGUCUGGAAUCCGGGGCAUUGGGAUGGUGCUGGGCGUGGCCAUCCAGCAGCGACUUGUCCCAGGCCUGGAGGAAUUUGAAAAGGCCUAUGCCCGGGGAGACAAGCGGGCCCCAAAGCCUUGUGCCAGGGGCUCCUGGUGCAGCACCAACCAGCUCUGCAGAGAAUGCCAAGCCUUCACAGCACACACGACGCCCUCGCUUGGGGCCUUCUCCAUGAGUUCUGCCUACAAUGUGUACCGGGCGGUGUAUGCUGUGGCCCACGGUCUUCAUCAGCUCCUGGGCUGUACCUCUGGCUCCUGUUCCAAGGGCCAGGUCUACCCUUGGCAGCUUCUGGAGCAGAUCUACAAGGUGAAUUUUCUUCUGCACGAGGACGCUGUGGCAUUCGACGAGAACACGGACCCCAUGAGUAACUAUGACGUCAUUGCCUGGGACUGGAGUGGGCCCACGUGGACCUUCAGGGUCAUCGGCUCCUCCACAUGGGCUCCUGUUCAGCUAGUUAUAAACAAGAGCAGCAUUCGGUGGCAUGGAAAGGACAACCAGGUACCCACAUCUGUGUGCACCAGAGACUGUGCCAAAGGGCACCAUCGAGUGACUGUGGGUUUCCACCACUGUUGUUUUAUGUGUGUUCCCUGUGAGGCCGGGACCUUCCUCAAUAAGAGUGACCUCUACCGCUGCCAGACUUGUGGGAGAGAAGAGUGGUCGCCUGAGGCCAGCCACACAUGCUCCCCUCGCACAGUGGCAGUUUUGACCUGGCAUGAGCCCAUCUCUUGGGUGCUGUGGGCAGCUAUCACACUGUUGCUGCUGCUGCUGCUAGGCACUGCGGGUCUGUUUGCCUGGCAUCUGAACAGCCCUGUGGUGAAGUCGGCGGGAGGUAGGCUGUGCUUCCUCAUGCUGGGGUCCCUGGCAGCAGGCAGCUGCAGCCUCUACAGCUUCUUUGGGGAGCCCACACUACCGGCGUGUCUGCUGCGCCAGGCCCUCUUUUUCCUCAGUUUCACCAUCUUCCUGUCCUGCCUGGCAAUUCGCUCCUUCCAACUGAUCAUCAUCUUCAAGUUUGCCACCAAGGUGCCCACGUUCUACUAUGCCUGGGUCCGAAACCACGGGGCUGGGCGUUUCGUGAUGCUCAGCUCAAGUGCUCAGCUGCUCAUCUGUCUAACCUGGCUUUCCGUGUGGACGCCACUGCCCACCAGGGAGUACCAGCGCUUUCCCCAGCUAGUGGUGCUAGAGUGCACGGAGGCCAGCUCGCCCGGCUUCCUGUUGGCUUUCACCUACAACGGCCUCCUCUCGGUCAUGGCCUUUGCCUGCAGCUACCUGGGCAAGGACCUGCCAGAGAACUACAACGAGGCCAAAUGUGUCACCUUCAGCCUGAUCCUCAACUUCGUAUCCUGGAUCACCUUCUUCACCGCGGGUAGCAUCUCCCAGGGUCCGAACUUGUCCGUGAUCAAUGUGCUGGCCGGGCUGACCAGUCUGAGCGGCGGCUUCAGCGGCUAUUUUCUCCCCAAAUGCUAUGUGAUCCUCCGCCGCCCGGACCUCAACAACACGGAGCACUUCCAGGCCUCCAUCCAAGAUUACACUAGCCGCUGCAGCUCCACCUGAGUUGGGGGA